AUGGCCGCCAAGCGGGCACGGGCCUCCCAAGAGAAUGACCCACCACUGGGAUGGGCCUCGCCGCCCACGGGGCCCCGCACACCCGCGGACAAGGGCAUCCUCAGCCCUGCCCGGGUUCCUGCUCCCCCAGCUCUGGCGACCCAACGGGUUUCCUCUCAAGCCUUUCCGGCAGCUCUGCCCUGCGAUGGCCCCUGCCAUCAGUGUGGACAAGAUGACGGCGGCGCUGCUCUGCAGACAAAGCUCGGCCUGGACUUGGCCCGGGUCCUGUCAUAUGAGCGGGGUGGCGCGCGCAGCUGCCCGUGCUGCUGCCCCCGCACCAUUUCAGGGAGCAAGGCCAGUAAGGGAAAGGGCCGGACGCACAAACCCGCCGACGGCAGGGGAAAGCUACCUCCGUCAUCUACGCUCGCCCCUGAAGAGGAACACGUGAUGCGGGCGCGCAUGGAGAAGGCCCUGUGCCAGGCGGCGCGGCUGCAACGAGCCUGCGCCAGGAUAGCGGGCCGCGUGGGGGAAGUGCGCAGCAGGGCCUGUGAAGCUCGCGCGCUGUGGAAGUGGAGGUGGGCCGUGCAGGUGGAAAAGGCUGCGGCAUGGUCCGCUUCAUGCGAGGCCCAGGCCGCGCGCGCGGAGGUGCUUACCACGGAGGUGGCGGCUGGGGCGGCGCGACUGGGGGAGAGGCGCGAGUUGUGGGUGGCGUGGCGCGCGUGGCGGCGGGGCAGCCAGCAGCGCAGCCACGAGAGAAGGAGGGCCGUGCUCAAGGUGACGGCCAUGGCUCAGCGAGCACGGCGGGCGCACCUGCGGGGGGCGUUUCAGCGGUGGGCUGCCGCCACCGCCCAGCUGCGGCGCCGCGCUGCGCUGCUACGCCGGGCCGUGGCGCGCUUGCAGCACCACCACCUUGCUGCGGCCUUCGGCGCCUGGUGGGCAGCGGGGGCGGAGCAGCGGCGUCGGCGGCACUUGCUGGAGCGCGCGGUGCGGCGCAUGCGGCAGCUGCAGGUGGGCGCGGCGUUUGCCAGGUGGCACUCGCAGGCCCAGGCGAGGCGGCGGCUGGAGGGGAUGCUCGCCAGGGUGGCGCAGCGCUGGCAGCAGCGGGAAGUGGCGGCGUGCUGGGACACGUGGAGGGAGGCGGUGCGCGCAAGGCGGGUACUGCGCAGCAAGAUGGUCAAGGUGGUGCGCCGGAUGCAGUCGUUGCACCUGCACACGGCCUUCAGCGCGUGGCUCGCGUGGGUAGCUGCGCGCCGGUCUGCCCGGGACGUGAUGGCGCGCGUGGUGGGCCGCUUCCAGCACCGCGUGCUGGCGGCAGCACUGGCGGCGUGGCAGGAGCGAGUCCGCCACAGCAAGCGCAUGCGCACGACGGCCUUCGAGGCGAGCAUCCCACUUUCAUGCGGACCGCUGUGCUUCGCCAGUACUCUUCGGAUGACGAGCAAGUCUGUGAUUGCGCGCCUCUCGCAGCGCACGCUGGCCCGGGCCUUCCUCGCCUGGCGCCUCGUGCUCAUGCAGCAGGCCGCCGCCAUGGGACCCCGCGAUGCGGCGGACCAGCCAGGGGACGACCUCUCCGAAGGAGGCCCUGCCACCUGGCAGACAGUCCCCACCGUCUCGGAGCCCUUUCUGGCCUGGCGUGUUGCGGUGCGCCACAUUCGCAGGUGCCGGGCGGUGGCCCGGCGCGUCGUGCAGCGGUGGCGGCACCGCACUCUGGCGGCCGCUUUUGCGGCGCUGGCGGAGCACUUGCGGUCGCAGAAGGCGCGCCGGGCUGCGCUGAUGGCGGUGUGCAGCCGGCGGUGGGCGCGCCAGACGUGCGCGGGGCUGGCACUCGAGCGCUGGCGCGUGGCCACGCUGUGCGGCCGCGGGCGGCGGCUGCAGGCCCGGCUGGCGGCCGCAGAGGCAGCGGCGAAGGAGGCGCGCAUGCUGCAGCGGCAAAGCGCCCACGAGCACGCGGCCGCUCUGUCGCGGUGUGUCCCUGUGCCGCAGGUGACGGCACUGGCCGGGGCGCUCGAGGGCCGCCUCCGGACCCACGCAGCCGCCGCGCAGCAGGCCUCGCAGUGCACGGGGCGGCUGGCGGCGCUGCUGUGGAGACAGCGGUGUGUGGCACGCGCCUUCCACCGGUGGAGCCGCGCCAGCCAGGCCGCACAGGCGCGCCGCGGCCGCGAUGCGCUGCAGCAUGCCGAGACCGCGCUGAGGAGCAUGGUGCGCGAGCUAUCGGCGGAAUCUGCCAACCGGCGGCUGCUGGAGGCAAGCAUGGCGAGCAUCGUGACGGAACGCGCGGACGACGCGUGCAGCACCCGCGCCAUGCUGGAGGCCGUGGAGGAGCAGGUGCACCACCUGCGGGCACUGGUCCGCCAGGCAAGCCCAGGCGACCUGCAGCAAGGUCAGGAGGGGGUCGCAUCUUAGGGCGAAGGGGCAAGAAGUAAAGAAGCGCCGCUUAUCGACCGUGUAGUGGUUGAUUUAACACGGCCUUCAGCGACUUCCUCGCCCGAGUAUGGAAGUUGAAGCAAUCUGAGUUAGUCCGACUGGAAGGGAUAAAUUACACUCUGGCACCCUGCCUCGUUUACUUCUCCGAAGGCACACGGCCGCCAAGACAGUCGUCCAAGUCCACCAAGUAUCUGCAUACUUAAAAUAUCCUCACUCCGGACAUUGUAGAGUCGCAAUGAAGCAUGGAGAAUCCAUGAACUGAGCA